AUGGCAGAGAGAACGAGGCCUGGUCGAGGGCUUCACGAGUCGCCGAUCGAUCGACCGUUUCUCUGGGCUUGGGGAGCCAAUAACUGUGGACAGCUAGGAUAUGGGUGUGUCUGCGAAAAACAGAUUCCUUCAGACCAGCCGGUGCCAUUUACUCUGGAAUCUGAUUGGCUGAAAAGUGCCGGAGGCGGUGGAGGAUUUUCCUACGUUGUAACUGAAUCUGGCCAAGUAUUUACUUGUGGAAACAACACCAGAGGCCAGUUGGGACAUGGUGACUUCAACACCUUGCCAGUAUUCUCUAAGUGUCAGUUUUUAUCACAAACGAAAAUUGUGAAAGUUGCUGCAGGAUGGGACUUUAUGCUGGCAAUCUCAGAUGCGGGCACACUUCUGUCGUGGGGCUCAAACAUGUUUGGUCAGCUUGGCCGUGAUGUCCCUGGUGGAGCUGGCUGUGAUGCGGCCCCAGCGCAUGUAGGGAGCUCUUAUUUGGGACGUCAGGUAGACAUCUCGGCAGGAUUGAGACAUGGCUUAUCAUUGUCAGAGUGCGGAAAGGUUUACAGUUGGGGUCAUGGUAAAAGAGGUCAGCUAGGGUUGGACGUCAGUGACAAGACAACACAAGUUCGAUCUGAUCACCCUCUCACAGUGCCAGUUUCAUGCACAGAGAAGCCAAUUCAAGUGUUUGCAGGAAUGUUCCAUUCUGGUUUACUAACAGAAGCUGGAAGUGUUCUUAUGUGGGGUUGCAACAAAUAUGGACAAUGUGGACAGGACCCUGACAUAACUCAAACUGUACCUGCCGCAAGCAAGGUUGCAUUUCCGACAGAGGGAGACAAGAGUAGCAGGCACAUAGUUUCUGUCACCAGUGGGUGGACACAUGUGAUCUCUCACACAGAUUCAAGCAUUCUGUACAGCUGGGGUCGCGCUGAUCUAGGACAGCUGGGUAGAAUAUGCCAGAAAUCAUGUGACCAUAUUCCUGGGGUUGUGAUUGGCUUAUCUGGUGUGACCAGUCAUUCUUGUGGCUCCGAGCAUACUCUGGUGCUGACUGAAGAUGGACAAGUCUACAGCUGGGGCUGGAAUGAACACAGUAUCUGUGGCACAGACCAUGAGGAGAAUAUUCUGGAACCUCUCAGAGUCUCCAUGUUUGUAGACAAACGCAUCAUUGCUGUUGGAUGUGGAGCUGGCCAUUCAUUUUGCAUUGGGGCAGGAGGCAGUUGCGAGGGUGCUGGCUGA